AUGCGCCUGGACGUGCGGUUGCGCGAUGGUACGAAUACGGCCUCCCACUCCUGCGACUCUACCACCCACCUGGUCGGUGACGGUGCGAAGCUCUUUGCGCCAUCUAUGCGCCAUCUCGCUCGCGAGUCUGCUCUCGUCGGUCCUGCGGGCACCAUCGUGGCCUUUGUCGCCGAUGCCGAUGGAGAGGGUCGUCAUGGCGCUGGUGCCGACCCUGCAGAGGUCCCUCCAUUUUCCGUCUCGGCUCCCAUGUGCUUCCAAGGUCGUAUCUAUUACGAUGGCCAGUUGCGUAACGACGGCACCAUCCGACCACACCGCCACCCACGCCUCGAUCUCCUGACCUGUCACAUGACACCUCACGCACUGGCCCUGGCACGAUCCAUCCCAGUACGGAUUCCUCCGUCCAUCGGGAAGCUUUCAGAUCAAAUCAUGCACAGCACAGGUAACGAGGCGGACACGCCUGCAGGAGGCAACGUGCCGCUGGAAGAAACAGCUCCGCUGCGGUGA